GGAGACGCCCGCCCGCCCCAGGAGAGGAGGCGGCUCUGGCCUCGGAGCCGCCCCUCCUGCCUCCGAGAACAAACGGGAUAUUCAGCAGUGGCCUGCGGCUGCCAGAGCGACUCCUCUGGGGAAAUGAAGCGUCGAGUCAGACUGCACCGUAAUCGCCUUUAAAAGCGCUCCCGCUCCGCCCAGUGCGCACAGCCGGCUACCUGGGCUGCCCCGCGGCAGCGCGUGCGGGAGAGGGGGGGUGCGCGGACAGGGGCGUGGGCCGGCGCGGGAGCCGCGUUUCCGCCGGGGAGUCGGUGCGUGAGCCGCGCGGGGCGAAGCGCUGUGUGUGCGCGUCUACACCGGCCAUGGGGGGCGCGGACGCCUGGGCCCCGCUCUGCCUGCUGCUGGCCGCCGCCAUCCCGCUCUCGCGGCAGCAGUCCCCGGAGAGGCCUGUUUUCACAUGUGGCGGCAUUUUUACUGGAGAGUCUGGAUUUAUUGGCAGCGAGGGUUUUCCUGGAGUGUACCCUCCAAAUAGCAAAUGUACUUGGAAAAUCACAGUUCCAGAAGGAAAAGUGGUCGUUCUUAAUUUCCGAUUCAUCGACCUGGAGAGUGAUAACUUGUGCCGCUAUGACUUUGUGGACGUGUACAAUGGCCACACCAAUGGCCAGCGCAUUGGGCGCUUCUGUGGCACAUUCCGGCCUGGAGCCCUUGUGUCCAGUGGCAACAAGAUGAUGGUGCAGAUGAUUUCUGAUGCCAACACAGCUGGGAAUGGCUUCAUGGCCAUGUUCUCCGCUGCUGAACCAAAUGAAAGAGGGGAUCAGUACUGUGGAGGACGCCUUGAAAGACCUUCUGGCUCCUUUAAAACUCCCAACUGGCCAGACCGGGAUUACCCUGCAGGAGUCACUUGUGUGUGGCACAUUAUAGCCCCGAAGAAUCAGCUUAUAGAACUAAAGUUUGAAAAGUUUGAUGUUGAGCGAGAUAACUACUGCCGAUAUGAUUAUGUGGCUGUGUUUAAUGGCGGGGAAGUCAACGACGCUAAAAGAAUUGGAAAGUAUUGUGGUGAUAGUCCACCUGCGCCAAUUAUAUCUGAGAAAAAUGAGCUUCUUAUUCAGUUUUUAUCAGACCUAAGUUUAACUGCAGAUGGAUUUAUUGGUCACUACAAAUUCAGGCCAAAAAAGCUACCAGUUACUACAGCACCACCUGUUACCACCACAUUUCCUGUAACCACAGGUUUAAAACCCACUGUGGCCCUGUGUCAACAAAAGUGUAGACGGACAGGAACUCUGGAGAGCAAUUAUUGUUCAAGUAACUUUGUAUUAGCUGGCACUGUUAUCACAACCAUCACUCGAGGUGGGAGUUUGCAUGCCACAGUCUCAAUCAUCAACAUCUAUAAAGAGGGAAAUCUGGCUAUUCAGCAGGCUGGUAAGAACAUGAGUGCCAAGGUCAUUGUGGUCUGCAAGCAGUGCCCUCUCCUCAGAAGAGGUCUAAAUUACAUUAUUAUGGGCCAAGUGGGUGAAGAUGGGCGAGGCAAAAUCAUGCCAAACAGCUUUAUCAUGAUGUUCAAGACCAAGAAUCAGAAGCUCCUCGAUGCCUUAAAAAAAAAGCAAUGUUAACAGUGAACUGUAUCAACUGAAGUUGUAUUCUGUCAUUGCCUUUGAAAGAAAUAUUUUCUCUCAGUAGAAAAAAAUACAAAAUUAAAUAUUCUGAAAGAGCAUUCUGAAAGAUUGGUUUACUCUUCACAUGAUGUAGGUGUGAGACCUCCAGUGUUGCUGAUGGAAGUUCUGUGUCUGUGCUGAGAGGUACAGAGCUCUGAUUGAUAACCUGUUGACUUAGUGCAGUAAUAGGCAACUCUGUGUGUGAAGCAUUGACAGCUUGGAAGCAGUUUAUUUAUACAUACCUGUAAAAGGGUAUUUUAGAAUUGAUUUGUGUGAAGACGUAAAAAAGAGAUUUUAUAAGUGCAAUAUUUAUAGUGAUAUUUGUUUUACCUUUAAGCAUUUUCUCUGAGGUGUUAUAUUCUUCUCUUGCAUUUUUUAAAUCAAUGCUUAAUAAAGUAUUUUUAAAUGAUUACA